CCAUUGUCGACGAUCGUGUCGGACACGAAGACGGUCGUGCUCGAUACGAUGGUGGUCGUGUUCGACCAUACGACGGCCAUGUUCGACACGACGUCGGUCACGACGACGGCCGUGCACGACAACGAGCCGGACACGACAACGAGCGUGUUCGACACGAUGGAGAUCGUGUUCGACACGACAACCAGCGUGUUCGACACGACAAGGAUCAUGUUCGACACGACGACCAUCAUGUUCGACACGACGAUGACCGUGUCGGACACGACGACCAUCGUGUUUGACACGACGACCAGCGUGUCCGACACGACAACGAUCGUGUUCAACACGACGACCAUCGUCGUGUCGGACACGACAACGAUCGUGUUCAACACGACGACCAUCGUGUUUGACACGACGACCAGCGUGUCGGACAAGACAACGAUCGUGUUCAACACGACGACCAUCGUGUUCGACAAGACGACGACCGUGUCGACCAUCGUGUUCGACACGGCGACGACUCCGAUGAAAGUGUUGGAGAAAACUUGUUGACGUCACCGAUAAACCAGCACUGGACAU